UUCAUCCCCUUUUAUGCCACCUUCACAGCUACCACAAACGCAAACAUUAAACCGAGAUGAACAUCCCAUUGCUAACGAAGAUCCCAUUAUACGAUUUCAUCAUGAAAACAUGGAUGAUUUUACUGAGGAUGAGGAUCAACAGUUCUUUGAUCACAUCAAUCAGCAAAACGAUGACCAAAGUGAUGACCAAACCGAUGACGAGGGUGUUGGCAGACCAACGACACCUCCGUCACCUCUGUUGCAAUAUCAGCAACCUAGGUGUCCAGUAGACUUGAACUUUGACCACCUACCACACUAUAUUGAUCGACACAAUUUUGUUCAUCAGCAACACAAUGUACAACCACCAGUCGGUGUACUCGAGGUUGGCAUGACUUUCGAUGACAAAGCACAAUGUAUUCGAGCAAUCAAAGAAUACAAUAUCAGAAAUCAUUUUGAUUGCAGAACAAUUUACUCUGACCAAGGAAGGCUAAACUUCGUCUGCAAGUUACAUGAAAAUGGUUGUACAUGGAGCUUGGGCGCAUGCAAUUCAAAGAGGCAUAACAAAUGGAUUAUCAAGAGUAUCAGAGGUUAUCACACUUGUCUCGUGCCGAUGCUCAGACAAGAUCAUCGCCAACUCGACAAACACGUCAUAGCACAGAUCAUCCAACCAAUUGUCAAAACAAACCCAACUGUCUCCAUCAAGACGUUGAUUGCAGAGAUCAAAACGUUCAUGAAUUAUACCCCAUCCUAAAAGAAGACAUGAUUAGCAAAGCAAAAAGCAUUGGAGAUGAUUCAUGGAAACUGGGAAGAAUCAUAUGCCAAACUGCCAAAACUUUUUGGAGCUUUGCAAUCUUGUGUUCCCGGGACUAUGGUCGCUGCUCAAACAGAAUCCUUGUAUAAGGGGGGAGAAAUAGUACCGGACAAAAGAUUGUUUAAACGUGUCUUUUGGUCAUUUGGUCCAUGCAUUAAUGGUUUUGCAUAUUGCAAACCCAUUGUACAAGUAGAUGGUAUAUGGCUUUAUGGAAAGUAUACUAGCACACUGUUGAUAGCUACCGCACAAGAUGGAGCUAACCAUAUCUUCCCGAUUGCCUAUGCCAUUGUAGAAGGGGAGACAACUUCAUCUUGGGGGUUUUUUCUAAAGAAUUUGAGAAGACAUGUUACUUCGCAAAUUAACAUUUCUCUUAUUUCAGAUCGACACCCCUCAAUUAUAAGUGCCUACAACAACCCAAGUAACUUAUGGGUCCAGGACACAUCCCAUUUCUUUUGCCUGCGCCACAUUGCACAAAACUUUCUUCGUGGUAACUCAAACUGCAAACAUUUAAAGAAACCACUUAUGUUGGCUGGGUACGCAUACACGGAGAAGAUGCACUGGCGACAUCUUGGGGAUAUUCAUGCGAAUAAGCCAAGUGCAGCUGAAUGGCUUGAUCAAUUACCCAAACAAAAAUGGGUACAAUGCUUUGAUGUGGGGAAACGUUGGGGACAUAUGACUACCAAUUUGUCGGAGUCUGUUAAUUCCAUGUUAAAAAACACAAGACAUUUGUCGGUGUCAUCAUUGGUUGAGGAGACCUAUUUCAAGACCGCACAACUCUUUGCUAAUAGAGGUCGACAAACUCAAGCAAUGAUCAACUCCGACUCACAGUAUUCUGAAGUCGUCUUCGAUGCAAUCAAUAGUGGUCAACAAGAAUCUAAUACACACAUUGUAAAUGAAUUCGACAGACACAAUCAGACUUUUAUUAUAACAGAGACUCAAUCUCCACUUGAAACACCCAGACCACCUGGAAGGUUUAGAGUAAUGUUACAAUCCCAAAAGUGUGAUUGUGGUGAAUUUCAGGCUAAACAUUUACCGUGUUCUCACGUCAUGGCUGCCUAUAAAUCUGUCAAUGUUGAUCCCAUGACCUAUGUGCCGAUGAUAUUCACUUUACAACACAUUUUGCAUAUCUAUGACAACUCCUUUGGUUUAUUGCCACACGAAUCAAUGUGACAAGAAUAUGAAGGAGAUCAGUGGGGUCUUGAUCCAAGGAGAAAGAGAACUGCAAAGGGUCGUCCCGUUUCAACUCGCAUUCCUACUGAGAUGGACGAAGACGAAAAUGAACGAGCAAGUAAAAAAAAAUGUGGACUUUGCCGGCAACAUGGUCAUAGCAGAAAUAAUUGUCCUAAUGUAUCCUCAUCUUAGUUUUUCCUUAGACAAAUGUCAUUGUUUAAAUAUUUUA